CCUAAACCCUUCCGCGCACCGCCGACUGCCGUCUGUCCCUCACGCACACCAUGGCCUUCGCCGCCUCCCCAUCCCUCUCCUCCCUCACUUCCUCCACAUCCUCCGCCGCCGGCGCCGCCGCAUCCGCGGCCUCCUCUUCGACCUCUUCUUGCAACGCCUUUCACGCGCCGAGGCCCCUCCACCUCUCGCUCAAGCCCGUCUCCCCGCAACCCAAGCCCCAGUCGCUCUCCUGCUCCGCGCCGCACGUCCCCUGCGCCGCCGCCGGCGACGGAUCGGGCACCGGGAACCGCGGGGAUGGCUCCGGAGGGAACGGCGGCAAGGAUGGAGGAGGCGGCGGGGCCGGCGAGGAUGACGACGACUACGAGGAGGCCGAGUUCGGCCCGCUGCUCGGCUUCGACGAGGUGCUGCGCCUCGCCGCGGCGCGCGGCGUUGCGCUCCCGGGCGACAUGAUGGAGGCGGCUAAGGACGCCGGCAUCCGCGAAGUCUUGUUGCUCCGCUACUUCGAUCUGCAGGCUGCGCCGUGGCCGCUGGGCGCGAUGAUCCGGGCCUUCUCGAUGCUCCGCAACCGGAUGCUUGCGGACCCGUCGUUCCUCUUCAAAGUUGGAACAGAGAUUGUAAUUGACUCUUGCUGCGCCACAUUCGCGGAGGUGCAGAAGAGGGGAAAGGAUUUCUGGGCAGAGUUUGAGCUGUAUGCUGCUGAUCUUUUGGUCGGGGUGGCUGUUGAUAUUGCGCUCGUGGGGCUAUUGGCUCCUUAUGUGAGAUUCGGGAAGCCAUCUGCUUCGACAGGGCUCUUGGGAAGGUUCAACAGGAUGGCUGUGUCUUUGCCAAGCAGCGUUUUUGAAGCUGAAAGGCCAGGCAGCAGGUUUACAGUUCAGCAAAGAAUUGGAACGUAUUUUUACAAGGGUGUCCUGUAUGGCUCAGUUGGAUUUGUCUGUGGUAUAAUUGGUCAAGGGAUUGCUAACAUGAUAAUGACUGCCAAGAGGAGUGUAAAAAAAUCAGAUGAAGAUAUUCCUGUUCCACCUCUCGUUAAAAGUGCUGCACUUUGGGGUGUGUUCCUUGCUGUAUCAUCUAACACGCGCUACCAGAUUAUCAAUGGUCUGGAGCGGGUAGUGGAAGCAUCGCCUGUCGCAAAGCGCGUUCCACCUGUUGCUAUGGCUUUCACCAUUGGUGUUCGUUUUGCCAACAAUAUCUAUGGUGGAAUGCAGUUUGUGGACUGGGCUCGCUGGAGUGGUGUUCAGUAAUGGUGGGUACUCUUAGCUGUUGCAGUCACCAAAACAUCAUUAGGUUUAGGUGGUGGAGCUUUGUUGUUUGUUUCCUUAGAUUUCAUGAUAAGUAGUGGGGGCUGGAGCUCUGUGAAAGUUAGGAACUAUUGCUUGGAGAAACCAGGAAGCGCAUCACAUCAUUUGGUUGGCAUGCAUGAACUGAAAACAAGAAAUCCAUUUCUAUUGCUGUUGGGGGCAAAUGUUGUAGUGUGCGUUCGAAAUUGAUCAUCUGCACUUUUGCCAGACUGAAUGAAUAAAGGCGACCUGAAUUACCCCUA